CUGUGUCAAGGGCUGGGAGCUGAUAGUCGGCCAUUGCUGUGUGUCGUGGCUCGGUAACAAAACACGGAGACGGGGAGAGGAGAGAUACGGGCACACAGGGGGGACGGAGACGUAUUUCUCUUCACGAGUAGAGCAAAAGCAUUUAAUUCUUUAUCGUACCGGUUACAGGAUUCACACAUCCGGAUAUGUCCUUCAUAUUUGAUUGGAUUUACAGUGGUUUCAGUAGUGUACUGCAGUUUCUAGGACUGUACAAGAAGUCUGGCAAAUUAGUAUUUCUUGGAUUGGACAAUGCUGGCAAAACAACGCUACUGCACAUGCUCAAAGAUGACAGAUUGGGACAGCAUGUGCCAACUUUACAUCCAACCUCUGAAGAGCUGACCAUUGCUGGUAUGACCUUCACCACCUUUGAUUUGGGUGGCCACGCACAAGCUCGUCGAGUAUGGAAAAACUACCUCCCUGCCAUCAAUGGUAUUGUCUUCCUAGUGGACUGUGCAGACUACCCAAGACUGGCCGAGUCCAAAGUAGAACUUGAUGCAUUAAUGACAGAUGAAACCAUUGGAAAUGUGCCUAUCUUGAUCCUUGGUAACAAGAUUGACAGACCAGAAGCCAUCAGUGAAGAGAAGUUACGAGAACUGUUUGGGUUAUAUGGACAGACAACAGGCAAGGGCAACGUUCCAUUGAAGGAGCUGAAUACGAGACCACUAGAAGUGUUUAUGUGCAGUGUGCUGAAGAGACAGGGUUACGGCGAGGGGUUCCGCUGGCUGGCCCAAUACAUCGACUGAGCCAGUGUUCAGGAGCCUUGGGAGGAAUCCCAGUUCACCACAUUUGAUCCCAUGUCUGGUUAUAAAGUUUGCCUCUGCUGUUGAAACAUGUACAACACGAACCCAAUAGACUUUUAUUGGUUGAACAUUUGGUUAUAAAAUUGACAUUUUUCUAGAAGAAUAAUAUAGCAUCAACCGUGCUAAACAUUUUAAGUCCGAGCCGUUGAAAAAAAGAGAAUACCUGUUUUUUUCUGAGCAGUUUGUAUGCGUGAACGUCGAAACAUGUUAACUCUGUAAUCCCACUGGAUGACUCUUUUUAAACAGCCUUUCUUGGCAUCAGUUCCCAAAACCAUACAAACGAGUGAAAGAGAAACGUGGUAGUUGUAUGCAGCUGAAUGCACUUUUUUUAACAGGAGAGAUGACAGACAUGCGACUAGUAUUUAAUGUUCAAUUUUUAUGUUGUUUUUUUUUUGGAGCUAUUUGGUUUCAAUAAACCUAGAAUAUGUAACCACGUAUACAUCUGUUACUUUGAAAAAAUUAUUUCUGUUAGAUUUUCUAGCUGCAUGAUGCCUUAAGUCAGACCAUAUCUGCCCCUGCCCAUUUGAUGUAAUUAAAACCAAUCAAAAAGUUAUUUUGUUAUUCUUCUUUGAAUAUGAAGAUACAAUAAACUAUUUGGCAUUUAGGAUA